CGUAUAUGAGGUACUCAUAUAUAAAAAGACUUCUACAACACUUUAUAAUGAAUUCAUAACAAUGUAUAAUACUAUGUAUAAUUUAUUAGCUGAACAUAUUCAUGUGUUAGAAGUCAAAGUCAAAGUCCAGACCUAAACCCAGUCGUUUUGCAAAGAAGAAUGGGCAAAAAUUUCAAUCACUAGAUGUGCAUGUAUAAAUGUGUGGUUGCUAUGUGAAUAUGGAAAUAUAACGUUCAAGACAUAUUUCAAACAACUGCAGCACCAGAAAGCUAAAAUGCUGUUUAUAAAUAUAUUUUACUUUUUUUCCCAAAUGGGUUAAGUGGACAUUAUAUUUGAAAAAAAAAAUAACUAAUAAAAAAUAAGCUCUAAAUGGGAGUUUAAAUGUAGUACACUAUUUAAUAACGUCCACGUUCCAUGUGGAAAAUAAAUAAGUUUAAAUAUAUGAAAUCAUGAUUAAACAAUGGCCAAAAAUGUGCUGGGUUGCUAGGUGACAAAAUAUGGAAAAAUAAAGUUCAAGGGGUAUGAAUACUUUUGCACCCCACUGUAUGUAUUGAUGUGUUUCCGUCCUGUCUGUGUGUGUGUGUGUGGAACGGAAACACACAGACACACACACUUCUACACACACCCCCAACACACACCCACACUGCAUGCUAUACUCCAGCAGUGGCCACAGGCAGCAGCAACUGGUCCUUUCUAACUGGUUUUAGAAGAUCUUCGCAGCAGAAAUGGGAGAUAUGGAGGACCCAGAUCGACCGAGAGACCCCCCAAAUCCAUCUGUACUUUCUUUACUUAUAAACAAAGAAUUACUUUCUUCUAGAAAAGGUCAAUUACUGCUGGGAGAAGUGGCCUCGUCCUUCAUCUGCUUCGUGUGUUUUUGUGCGUCGGCGGCGGUGGCCUUCGUCACGGCUCCACUCGUCUUCUUCCUCAGCGCACUCUUCCUCCUCUUCGCCUAUUCCACCAAAUUUAACCAGCGCUUUAAAGGCUUCCACUGGCCUCUCAUGGACUUUUUGCGCUGUGUCAGCGCCUCCAUCGUCUACUUCAUCAUCUCUAUAAUGGCGGUGUCUAAGUUUGGGGAUGGAUCCUCUAAAGCUGCAGGAGUGUUCGGGUUCAUCGCCACCAUUGUUUUUGCGCUGGACUUUUAUUUUAUCUUUAACGAGCUGGCCAACUUCCUGAAGGGGGGCGGCUCCCACGAUGAGCCUCAGAACACACGAGACGCAGACUCGGAUUCUGACUCAGACUGAAGCUGCAGCUGUGGAAGACCUACGAUGAGUGACCACUAAAGUGCCCGAUGGAAAACUACAGGACCUGAGGGAGAACCAGUCUGAGUAUGACUGGGUUCAGGCUGUUUUGUAUCUAUGCAUUAACCCAAAGAGCAGCGUUCUCCGGAACCUUCCCAACUAACAUUUACCCCUCUACUGUCGAGCCUUAUAGGGUGAAUUUACACUAUAUGUCCAAAGGUUUGUGGACACCUUUUUAAAAAAAAAAAAAUUAAUAUUCAGCUACUUUGCAGACACCUGCAAUUAUCCUUUAGUAUUUUACUUUGACGCUCCUUCCAAUACUUUUGGUACAGGAUGAUUUUGGGAGUUGGGGAUAAUGAUGAUAAUGAUGAUGAAGGUGGGAUGGAGAUUAUCACGCAGGACAAUCAAAUCCUCACAGCAAUGCUGUGUUAAUUUAAUAGGGAUAAAAUGUCCUUUCUGGACAGUAAAGACUUACUACAUCUAGAACAGGAUAAGAUCCUUUUAAUAUCUUUGAUUUCAGAAGAGGCAAUAAAUGAGCAGGUGUCCCAAUACUUUUGUCUAUAUAGUGUAUGUGUGUGUGCGUUAGUGCGUGUGUGUGUGUUUUUGAAGUGCAUUUUAUACCUGUGUUGAAUGUCUAAGUGUGUAUAUAAAUAUAAAUGUGUGUUUUGAUUGCUUUUAUUGUGGGUACGUUUUUGGAGUGAUUUGAUGUGGAAUAAUCCAAAAAUUUAUUUGAGUUUACAUGAGUUUACAUGCUGACAGGAGGGUAGCUGGCCUCAUCCAUCUGUCCAGGUGCCAGAAGAUCACGUGUGUGUGUGUGUGUGAGUGUGAUAGCACUGUUUUGCUAUGCCUUUUCUGCAAACUGUAUCAUCUGGGUAAAUGAAAUCAUUCUAAAUCUAGUUUAUAUGUGCCAUAUUUUUCACACUAUAAGGUGACACUAUGUGACACUAGUAAGGUACAGCGGUAUCUGGUCUAAGUGGUAGUGGUCUAACUAAGUUAAGUAAAGCUAACCUAAGUAAACAAAACUAAUUUAAUUCUUAUAAUUCUAAUAAUUCUUUAAAAAGAAUUAUAUACAGUAAGCUUAGAUUUCCAGAUUUCCACUAAGGCUGGGUGCAGCAGCAUUAGCAUUAGCGGCUAACCGCUAGCAAUAGCCACAGUUAGCGCUAGUAAAUGGAGCCCGACAAUGCUACACUGAGGAACAAUGAGUGUUCCAGUAAGACAGCUAGCUGUUCAUCCCACGUAGCAUUUUUUAACACGGUAAACACACAGACUACAGUCCAAUAUACUCACCUCUGAACGUUAGCACAUUUAGUGGCUAAUGUUAAUACUGCUCCAGCAGUGCUAUAGCUGGGGUAAGCAGCAGGUUACAGGCCCAUAAUACUCACAUCUGAAAAGUGAAAGAGUUAGCGCUAAGCACAGUUACCAGCUAAUGCUAAGGCUGUUCCAGCAGUGCUAUCUUGGGUUAGCAGCAGGUUACGGGCCAAUAAUACUUACAUCAGAACAGCAAAAGAGCUAGAGCUCAGCUGAGUUAGCGGCUAAUGCUAACACUGUUCCAGUCUCGGUGGAGUGAUUUUACUUUACUGCUCCUUAAUACCUGACUGCUAGAAUUCAUACAUAAAGCACACAGUUUUAUAAGGCACACUGACAAUUUUUGGGUAUUUUUUACAUGCACCUUUAUACUGUAUCAGAAUUUCAUAAUAAAUGGACCAAUAGAAAUGUUCCUAAAAGAUUUGGAGUAAAAUAUUUUUACAUUGACUUCCAUUAGAACCUAAGAAUGAUUUUUAAUCUCAAAUAGAACUGCUGUUUCUAAGAUAUGGACAAGAUAAAAAUGUUAUGUUUACUAUAUUUAGGAUGAUUUCACUCACCAGUAUAUCUCUCUGCAGUGUUUAUUACUGCCAACUUCACUUUUUUGCCUUAAAUGCUGCAAUCUGCCACAGGAAUCUUCCAGAACUCUGAAUUAAACCCAGCAGAAAGUGUUCAGCUGCGGAGGAUCUAAUGGGUUCUGUAGUAAAUGAAUGUCUUUAUACGUCAAACGGCCCACGCUGGUGUUUCAGUGAAGCACUAAUAAGCUUUAAUGUGUGUCUUUUUUAUCAGUUACAUCUGUAAUUGUACAUUUUUGUUUUUACAACAAUAAAUCCCUGUUUUCAAA